AUGGGAAAUUACUGUAGAAAAAAUAAGGUAAGGGAUCCCAAACGUAAAGAUAUAGACGAGUUAGCUGAGCGUGAAAGAUUAGAAAAAGAAGCUGAAAAACAACGUGAAGAACAGCCAGAAGAACUUGAAGAACAGAAUGAGGAACCACCUGAGGAACCUCCUGAAAAUGAGGAGGAUCAAGAUGAUGAAGACGAUAAGGAUGAUGAACCAGAAGAGGCUACACAAGAGGAAAGUAAAUCAUUUGAAGAAAAACCAAUCGAUGAUUUAGAUAGAUCAAAUUCAGAAUUAUAUUCUGAGUCACAACAAAAAUAUGAUAAUGGUAGUGAAAAAAUGGAAACAGGUACUCAAUUAACAUUAUCCACAGAAGCUACAGGUGCUGUUCAACAAGUUACAAAACUUAGUGAGCCUGCACAUGAAGAAAGUAUUUAUAACACAUAUAGAUCAGUUACUCCGUGUGAUAUGAAUAAGGUUGAUGAAACUGCAAAAGUCUUUUCAAGACGAUGUGGAUGUGACCUUGGGGAUCGUCAUGACGAAAAUACCUGUAAAAUAUGCAGAAAAAUUGAUUUAUCUGACACACCUUUGUUGAACUAA